AUGAGUACGUCAAAUGAUGUUACCGUUAAGAAAUAUGUUUCUCAGCGUCGGACGGUGGAUAUGAGUUCGCCGUAUGAUAGGUUGUAUUAUUAUAAGAAACAUGGCAUACCACUGCGUGAAAUUGAGCCAGAAGCCAGUUAUACAGCCGAUAUACUACCUCCUGAUGCUUAUCGGACUCAUGAUCGAGUAAUAAAUACCCCGACGAAGUUUACGCAUCUUUCUUCGAAUAAGGUAAAACACGUGAUACCUGCAAUAACAUGGACUCCGGAGGGUCGUAGGCUGGUUGUAGCAACUUACAGUGGUGAAUUCUCACUCUGGAAUGGAUCUUCUUUUAACUUUGAAAGUAUCAUGCAGGCUCAUGAUUCGGCUGUAACUGUUAUGCAAUAUUCCAAUGCAGGUGACUGGUUAGUGAGCGGUGAUGCUGACGGUACGAUUAAAAUUUGGCAACCUAACUUUAACAUGGUUAAAGUUCUGGACCACGCACAUAUGGAGUGUAUGCGAGAUAUUGCAUUUAGUUGUGGUGACCAAAAGUUUGUGACCUGUUCGGAUGACAAUGUGUUAAAAAUAUGGAAUUUUAGCAACGGACAACAAGAAAGAGUGCUGUCUGGCCACCAUUGGGAUGUCAAGAGUUGUGAUUGGCAUCCAAGGUUUGGAUUGAUUGUUUCAGGUUCAAAAGACAAUUUAAUAAAAUUCUGGGACCCAAGAACAGGUCGAAAUGUGUCUACCAUUUUAGGUCUCAAGCAUACGAUUAUAAAGACGAAGUUUCAACCAACUCAAGGUAACCUGCUAGCAGUGGUGGCUAAGGAUAAAAGUACAAAAAUAUAUGAUAUUAGACAAAACAUGAGAGAGUUGCAGACGAUCCGCGACGAUGUAGACUACAUGUCUUUGGUAUGGCACCCGAUCAAUGAAACUAUGUUCUCUGUGGGCUGUUAUAACGGGGCGAUUAAGCACUUCGACCUGCUGCAUGAUAAUAAUAGUCCUGUGCCAAGCUCUCACACGAUAACUUAUGCACACGAAAAGUCGGUUACUUCUUUAGCGUAUAGUCCAGUUGGCCAUAUUCUUGCGAGUGCUGCGAAAGACAGGACCAUUAGAUUUUGGGCGAGGUCCAGACCUGUGGAUCCAAACGCAUUCGAUGAUCCCACUUACAACAACAAGAAGGUUAAUGCAUGGUACUUUGGUAUUAAUAAUAACAUCAACGCUGUCAGAACAAAAACGGAACAUGGUAUUGCAUUGCCCCCUGCCACUGAUGGUAGUAUGACAACUAAUUUGACAUCCAUGCUGUCUCCAGACAACUCCACAUCGAAUGCAAUGGGCAACAAUAUUCCAGCUUCAGGGUUACCUGGUCUAAGUUUUUAG